AUGUCUCUAGAGCAGGUGCGUCUAUCGAGGCCUAAGUCCUUGGAGGCCGCCCUCAACAAAUUCGAUGCUUUAACGGGGAAGCCAGCAGAUACUGAUCCUGAUAACGCUUAUGAACGCGAGGACGGUCGAAGUAUGACCAUCGGGCAGGGCCUCCCACCCCGUGUAGCAGGAGAGCGGAAAGAGCGACGGUGUCGGACUAUGCCCGACACCAUGGGUCAUCGUAGGGGUGACAUGGAGGUGUCACAGGAGCUCAAACAAAUAAUAAGCCGCAAGCAAGAGGAGCUCAGAACCCGUAUCAGGCGAGGAUCGCUCUUCUUUGGGACUAUCACUGAUGAGCAUUAUAAGACCUUCUGGGAGGAUCGCUGUAUAGUCCACAUACAUGGUCAACUUGAGGACUGUGAUAUCCCAUUCAAGGAGAAGGGGGUCUUCCAUACCGGAUCGAUACCCUUGACGGACAUUGAGGAGACAAUGGGUAUAGCAUUCUCCUGUAUAAAAGGCUCCAAAGGGGCAGGGGAUGACUCACUCAAUCAAGACAACUUCUCAAUAACGCGACUGGUUAAUGGCUGGGAUAUAAUUUGUGUUAUGGACGGCCACGGACCCAACGGGCACAUGGCGAGCUAUCGAGCUGUGAUGUCCCUACCUUACUACAUAGCCCAUAGUGACAUCUUAGAGCCUUCACUCAUGACAAAGUGUAUAGAGCAGUGCUUCCAGCUCACCAAUCAGGAUAUGCUUGGACACGCUCUAUCUCACGACUAUGAGGUACAAGCAUCGGGCACGACAGCUGUUGUGCUAAUCCGUAACCAUAUACUUGAUCCAAACGCAUUCUGGAGUGCUCAUUGCGGAGACUCUCGCUUGGUACUCGGAACUGAAGAAAGGAAGAAGUUAGAGUUUGCUACUGUUGAUCACAAGCCUGACGACCCCACUGAGAGGGAACGUGUGGAAGCGCUUGGGGGUGAGGUUAGGGCAUUCAUGUACGAUGACAGCUGGACAGUGCAUAGGAUCUUCGUGAAGGAUGCAGACUAUCCUGGACUGUGCAUGGCGAGAUCUCUCGGUGACUACUGUGUGAAGGCCCAUGGUGUUAUCUGCGACCCCGAUGUUAGAAGGCACAUCUUGCCUGCUAAGGAGGAUAAACCGUUCAUCGUGAUGGCUUCCGAUGGGAUAUGGGAGUUCAUUUCGUCACAGUGGAUGGUCAAAGCCAUGGCGCGCAAGCUUGCCUCAGAGGGGGCCCCACGGUGUCUCAAGAAGUUGGCCAAGGAAGCUCGGAAGAGAUGGAAAGAAGAGGAAGUUGACUACUGCGAUGACAUAACUACUGUCAUGAUUCGGUUCGAGUAG